AUGGAUAAAUCAUGGACCGUUAUUAAACCAAAAGAUUCCAUUGACUUACAAAGUGUAAAGACUCUCAGGAUUCCUGUUGAUGGUUCUCCUCUCUUUACUAAGCUUGAUCCACCUGAGGUCCUAGAAAACUAUCUAAAUUGUAUGAAAGCUAAAGGGAUUGACACAUCUGCAUUUGGGUAUGAUUCUCUUAUGGAUAAACCCCAUUCCCCCCUCAAAAGGAAAUAUGAUUCUACUCUGAAGAAAAAGAAGAAAACUCAAGAGCAGAAAUUAAUAAUUCUAGAACCAGGUGUUUAUGAAAAUCUUGCUCAGAAAGUACCUCCCAGUGGUUCACUGUGCACCCUCGCCUCCAUCACCAUUAGAUCACCAUCAGAUCAUGCUUAUCACCAUCCCAACACUCCAGAAAUGCGUAUCACAGUGGACUAUCAGGGGUUGCAAUCAUCAGAUUACCAGAUCUCGCAUGUAUCCUCUCCACCAGCCUUAUAA